UGAAGCGGAGCACUCGGAGCGGAAGGCUGUGCGGCAUUUUACCGACUUUUCAGUAACAAUAACGAAGCGCGCAUAAUGGCAACCGACGUGGGAGAUGACCGGGAGAUGAGGGAGGCUCAGAGGGACUACCUGGACUUUCUGGACGACGACCAAGACCAGGGCAUCUAUCAGAGCAAAGUCCGGGACAUGAUCAGCGAGAAUAAGGCUCGGCUCAUCGUCAACAUCAACGACCUGAGGAGACGCAACGAGGCCCGAGCUGCAAAACUGAUGAACAAUGCCUUUGAAGAGCUGCUGGCCUUCCAGCGGGCCCUGAAGGACCUGGUGGCCUCUGUUGACGGCACCUACGCUAAGCAGUACGAGGAGUUCUUCAUCGGCCUGGAGGGGAGCUUUGGAUCCAAGCAUGUCUCCCCCCGAACGCUCACCUCCCGACUGCUGGGCAGCAUGGUUUGUGUGGAGGGCAUCAUUACAAAGUGUUCCCUCGUCCGUCCCAAAGUAGUGCGCAGCGUUCACUACUGUCCAGCCACUAAGAAGACGAUGGAGAGGAAGUACACGGACCUGACCUCCCUGGAUGCCUUCCCCUCCAGUGCCAUUUACCCCACCAAGGACGAAGAGAACAAUCCUCUGGAGACGGAGUUUGGGCUGUCCAUCUACAAGGACCACCAAACCAUCACAGUGCAGGAGAUGCCUGAGAAAGCUCCUGCUGGCCAACUUCCGCGCUCUGUGGACAUCAUUUUGGACAACGACCUGGUGGAUGCAGUCAAACCAGGAGACCGGGUGCAGGUGGUUGGGACGUACCGCUGUCUGCCUGGCAAGAAGGGAGGAUUCACCUCUGGCACGUUCAGGACCAUCAUGAUUGCCUGCCACAUCAAACAAAUGAGCAAGGAGGUGUCGCCGUGCUUUACUGCUGACGACGUGGCCAAAAUCAGGAACUUCAGUCAGACUCGUUCCAAAGAUGUGUUCGAUCAGCUCGCUCGUUCCUUGGCUCCCAGUAUCCACGGCCACGAGUACAUCAAGAAGGCCAUCCUCUGCAUGUUGCUGGGAGGCGUGGAGAAGGUCCUCGAGAACGGCUCGCGAAUCAGAGGAGACAUCAACAUCCUGCUCAUCGGUGACCCAUCGGUGGCCAAAUCCCAGCUCCUGCGUUACGUUCUCCACACAGCACCCCGAGCUAUACCCACGACCGGACGAGGUUCAUCUGGUGUGGGUCUGACCGCUGCCGUCACCACGGAUCAGGAGACGGGCGAGCGUCGUCUAGAGGCUGGGGCCAUGGUGCUGGCUGACCGCGGCGUGGUGUGCAUCGACGAGUUCGACAAGAUGUCCGACAUGGACCGCACAGCCAUCCACGAGGUGAUGGAGCAGGGCCGCGUCACAAUCGCCAAGGCCGGUAUCCACGCCCGUCUCAAUGCCCGCUGCUCCGUACUGGCUGCUGCCAACCCCGUCUAUGGCCGAUACGAUCAGUAUAAAACCCCCAUGGAGAACAUCGGCCUCCAGGAUUCCCUUCUGUCGCGUUUUGACCUCCUCUUCAUCAUGCUGGAUCAGAUGGACCCCGAGCAGGAUCGCGAGAUCUCGGACCACGUGCUCAGGAUGCACCGCUACCGUGACCCCCGCGAACAGGAGGGAGCCGCCAUGGCUUUGGGCGGGACCGUAGACGUCCUGGCGACAGAAGAUCCAGACGCUGCGGUCGAGGAGCACGAGGAGCUGCAGAUCUACGAGAAGCACAACAACCUGCUGCACGGAAGCAAGAGGAAGAGGGAUAAAAUUGUGAGUAAGGAGUUCAUGAGGAAGUACAUCCACAUCGCCAAGGCUGUGACUCCUGUGCUCACAGAGGAGGCGGCCAAUCACAUCGCAGAGGAGUACUCGAGGCUGAGGAGUCAGGAACAGCUGGGGGCCGAUCUGGCCAGGACCUCUCCGGUGACGGCCCGGACUCUAGAGACUCUGAUCCGUCUGUCCACGGCACACGCCAAGGCCCGCAUGAGCAAAGCUGUGGAGCUGCAGGACUCGGAGGUCGCGGUGGAGCUCGUCCAGUUUGCCUACUUUAAGAAGGUUUUGGAGAAGGAGAAGAAACGUUCACGACAGGAGCGCGACUCUGAUUCGGAGGAGGAGGAGAUGCCCACACAGCGUUCACAGCGAGCUGUGAGGAAGAGGGGGCGACGUGGCUCUCAGGGCAGUGAGCCCUACAGUCCGUACGACUUCAGUGAAGACCAGGAAGUCCCUGAGAUUCAGGCUGGCACCCCGAAACCAGCCAAGCCGAGAGAGGACGAGCCCAUGGAUGCCUCGCUGCAGGCUGAAGAUGCUGAGCUGUCUGCAGAGAGGCUGAAGGAGUUCAAGUCGUCGCUGUUCGCCGUGUUCCAGUCUGCUCACGCUCAGUCGGUGAAGAUGAGCGCGCUGAUGGACGACAUCAACAAGGAGCGUCAGAAUACGUUUGCAGAGGCCGAGGUGCGUGGCGCUUUGGCUCGCAUGCAGGAUGACAACCAAGUCAUGGUGGCUGAUGACAUCAUCUUCCUCAUUUGAGACAGAAAUAAAAUUACUUGGACUUUUAAGAAGCCGUGGAUCACAGCGCACCCCCCCAUCGUUCAUCGGACACGUCAUCUGUCGCCUUAUCGCGUUUGCUUUGGUUUCAGCAGCUCAGCUCUGCAAACUGGGAUGAAGAUAAAGUCGUAUUACUUCAUGCACUUGUUUCAGUUCAGUGGUGGAAACGUUGCCUUCGAGCGUCUUUGGUGAGAUUUCAAACAUCGUCACUGCUCCCGACGCUCUAAUGUUUUUCCUGCGUUUGUCUCUUCUGGACUUGUAUAUAGUUGACAUGUGUUGUUGUUAAA